AUGCCUCACAGGUGUGUACCUUCCAGAUUCCUGCUGGAAGCUCUCGCCGUUUCUCAGCCUCACCUGGAGCAUGUCCGCCUCUGCACCCUGACCUUUGCCCUGCAGCUGCUCCUCCCCCGGGGGCCCCCUCCCCAGAUAGAAGCCCUACCGUUGGCUUCAAAGGUCCGUCGUCUUGGCCCCGCCCUUCUCCUGGCUCCUGGCGGCUCCAUGCUCUGGAUGGACUUCGCUCCCACGUGUCUCCACCUGGUUCUCUCCACCUGCCCUGCCCUCCCUUGGUCCCGCUGCCUUCCCCUCCAUCAGGAAAACGGGAAAGCUUCCCCCCUGGCCCGCCCCUCCCCGUCCACUCUCUGUCCUGCAGCCAGAGUGGGCUGUGCAAAACAACGCAACCGCGCCCAGAAAACCAGCCGCAGGCCCCGCGCGGUGGGCCCUGCUGUGCCCUCCAGCCUCCUCCUUCCCCCACUCUCCCUUCCACCAGCCUUCUCCUUUGGGUUUAUUUAG